AUGGACAGAACCCCAGACCUGGACAGAACCACAGACCUGGACAGGACCACAGACCUGAACAGAACCCCAGACCUGGACAGUGUUGGCAUGCAGCUGAACCGACCUCGCAGCGCUCUGCUUGGAUUCAGCCUCCCUCCUCCCUCCUUCUCCAGUCAGUUCAGCACCAUGAGGUUCUCCUAUCACCUGAACGCAGCACCUGCUCCCAGCAGCAGCUCCCCCUGCAGGACAGGCCCCGCCUCCUCUUCCAGUCCCAGCUUGCUGACGAAGAGCCUCUCUCUGGAGCCGUCCUGCUCGCCCUGCGGCCACCAGGGGGUGCUAGACGCUGACGCUGCCCAGCAGUCGAGCUCUGACCUGGGCCCCGGCUGCUCCUCGUCGGGCCCUGCCUCCCUGGAGGGAGGGACGGAGCAGGCAGAGCUGGUGAAUGACACGGGGCCACCGGAGCUGCCCGCCGCUAUGACAGCCCCACCGAGCAGGAGCCGGCCCCCACUGCCGGGGCCCAAACCACAGGUGCCCCCAAAGCCCCCCCACCUCCAGCAGCAGGCAACAAGGACACGUCCCCGAGCUCCAGACAAGCCCCUCCCCCCACCUCCGCCCUGCAGACCCCUCCCAGCCGACCCGCGGGGGGGAUGGACUCCGCCCAGCUGCCCUGACGGCACUGCCUCUCCUACCUGUGUCCUGUCACUCAUCGAGAAGUUUGAACGGGAGCAGAUUAUUGUGGUUCCGGACAUCACAGGGGGCGCUCUUUGUCCCCGCCUCCCUGACCCCGCCUCUUCACAACCUUCAUCCCCACCAUCAGCCUCCUCGCCUGUCCCUCCCCUGCCGGACGAAGAGCCGCCCUGUGAGGUCACCAGUCCUCAUGAUGUUACACUGGGGGGGGAGGAGGAGGUUGAGGGGGUGGAGGACGAUCUGCAUGGCGAAGACAACAAUGAUGAUGAUGAUGACGAUGAUGAUGAUGAAGAGCUGGAGGCUGCGUGUCGUGCUGACGUCCAUCAGAAGCGUCUUUCCAUGGAGUCGGGUUACAGUGCCUCAGAGAAGCACCUGGAGGACGACAUGGUUGCCGUGGAAAUUAGGGAGCAGCCACAGGAGCCACCGCCCCCACCGCCACUCGACCAAUCAGAGCUGCCAUCUGAGCGUCUGUCCCUCCCUUCCUCGCAGACGGACGGAAAGCUGGCCAAUCGAGACAGCGGCAUCGACAGCAUCAGUUCGCCGUCGCACAGCGAGGAGCUCUGCUUUGCUGGUGUGGAUGAUGGGGGCGUGGUCUACCCCUGUAGCCCCGCCCUCCUUCCCCGCCUCUCCAGCUCAUCCUCAUAUGCUGGUGAGGGAGGGGAGGGGGAGGAGGGGGAGGCGAGGGGUGGGGCCAGGAGGAGGAGGGAGUUCUCUGAGGAGGGGGACAGCGACCUGGAGGAGGAGGAGGCGGAGCUAACGCUAGUGCUGCCCGCGACUAAGACGGACCGACAGGACUCUGUGGAGCUGUCUGUCCAGCAGAGAGUCUUCAACAUCGCCAAUGAGCUGCUGCAAACCGAGACGGCCUAUGUCUCCAAACUGCACCUGCUGGACCAGGUCUUCUGUUGCAGACUCCUGGAGGAGGCUCGGUCUCGCUCUUCGUUUCCCUGCGAUGUGGUUCAGGGCAUCUUCUCCAACAUCUGCUCCAUUUACUGCUUCCACCAGCAGUUCCUGCUGCCAGCGCUGCAGAAGCGCAUGGAAGAGUGGGACUCGAACCCUCGGAUUGGCGACAUCCUGCAGAAGUUGGCCCCCUUCCUGAAGAUGUACGGAGAGUAUGUGAAGAACUUCGACCGAGCCAUGGAGCUGGUCAACACCUGGAUGGAGAGGUCGGCCCAGUUCAAGGCCAUCAUUCAGGAGAUCCAGAGGGAGGAGCGCUGUGGAAACCUCACGCUGCAGCACCACAUGCUGGAGCCGGUCCAGAGGAUUCCUCGCUAUGAGUUACUGCUCAAAGAUUAUCUGCACCGGCUGCCGGAGGACGCUCCGGACCACCGGGACGCCCAGAAGUCUCUGGAGCUGAUCGCUACAGCAGCCGAACACUCCAACGCUGCCAUCAGGAAGAUGGAGCGAAUGAGGAAGCUGCUGAAGGUGUACGAGCUGCUGGGAGGAGAAGAAGACAUCGUGAACCCGACCAACGAGCUCAUCAAGGAGGGUCACAUCCUCAAGCUGUCCAAUAAGAACGGAACCACACAGGACCGAUACCUCAUCCUGUUCAACGACCGGCUGCUGUACUGCGUCCCGAAGCUGCGCCUGAUUGGUCAGAAGUACGGCGUCCGCGCUCGCAUCGACGUCGACGGGAUGGAGCUGAAGGAGACCAGCAGUGUGGCCGUCCCUCGGACAUUCCUGGUUUCUGGAAAACAAAGAUCUCUGGAGCUGCAGGCCAGGACAGAGGAGGAGAAGAAAGACUGGAUCCAGGCCAUCCAGACGACGAUUCAGAGACACGAGCAGACAAUGGAGAGCUUCAGACACCUGAACUGUUCGCUGCGAGACGACGACUCCACGCCACCACAUUCCCCGAGCUGUGUGGAGCUCGGGAAGCGAGCGCCGACACCUAUCAGGGAGAAGGAAGUCACUCUGUGCAUGAAGUGUCAGGAGCCGUUUAACUCCAUCACCAAGCGCCGCCAUCACUGCAAAGCCUGCGGACAUGUGGUUUGUGGGAAGUGCUCCGAAUUUCGUGCUCGUCUGUCGUAUGACAACAACCGAACCAACCGGGUAUGUGUUGACUGCUACGCCACGCUGGUUGGCGUGCUGCCGUCGCCCGCCGGGCUGAGCAGCAGCACCCAGAGGAGGCGGUCCAUCCUGGAGAAACAGGCCUCACUGGCUGCAGAGAACAGCGUGAUCUGCAGUUUCCUUCACCACAUGGAGAAAGGAGGGGGGCGGGGCUGGCAGAAGGCGUGGUUUGUCAUCCCCGAAAACGAGCCGCUUGUGCUGUACAUCUAUGGAGCUCCACAGGACGUGAAGGCUCAGCGCAGCGUCCCUCUGAUUGGCUUUGAGGUCUCUCUGCCGGAGUCAUGUGACCGCCUGGAGCGACGCCACGCCUUCAAGAUCUCCCAGAGUCACCUGACCCUCUAUUUCAGCGCUGAAGGGGAGGAGCUUCAGCGCCGUUGGAUAGAUGUUCUGUUGAGGGCCGGGAGAGGGGAGGAGCCUCAGAUGCACCCACCAAUCGUGGAGAGUCUGGAGGAGGAGGGGGAGGAGCUUGCUGCAGCAGAGGGGGAGAACACGUGAUUCCGAAGGAGGUCCUUCAGCAGCGAAGAAGGCGGGGCCUUUCGAAGAGAAUCAAUCCUGAUUGGAACCAGAACAAACAGAAGAAAAUGCAACCAGAACAAAUCAGUUCACACCAGUCCAUUCUGCCAUCCAUCACUUCGUCACUUUGUACACUACCCACGAUCCUCAGCUGUCAUCGCCAUGGAGACACCUCCAUCUAGAGCUGUGACAGCAUUUCCAGAGCGCCAAUCAAAGCAGCCUAAAAGUGAACGAGCAGUCGAUUGAUCAGGAGCUGCGCUGAUAAUCAAUUGAUUGUUUCUGUUUCAACAGGCGUUUUCUGGUUUUAGUUUUAGAAAUCCGUUUUGGAACCAAACCAGCAUUUAGAAAAUAAUCAGCACAAUAUUUGAACAGGACACGGAUCGGUGGGUUCAGCGUUGGAGUCCAUGACCUAUCGGCUGCUGCACAGUCUGGAGCUUCUGAUUGGAUGUUUCCUCAAUCGAUCAACAUAAAGCACAACAUUGUACGUGUUCCAUGUUGUGUCUGAAUUUAAUGUUAACAGUUCCUAACAAUGUCCUUUCCACGAGAACUUUCACUGCAGGGACCCUCCCAGGAGUCCAGGUUUCUCCAGUUGGUCAGCUGUGUUUCCACAAGGUGGCGCUCAGUGUCACGACUUCCACUGCAGGAACUGGAGAACGUUUCCACUGACCCUUGAUGAUUCUUUCGGUCCUUCUGUUUCCACUGUAGAACCGAACAGUUCCUGUAUGCAACUCCAGUUCUAUGUAGGAAACAAAACAGUAGAGGUUUGUUCUGUUAGAACAUCUGGAGAACUUUGUUGUUGAUGGCGAUGGUAGAGAGCAGAAGAAGCUGCUGGAUGAGAACAUCAAGAAGACAGACAACAAGUUGUCCUCUCUGAGUUUAACCAAUCAGUAUUAAGGCCCUCACGGCAGGUUGUCAGAGAUGCUCUAGUUCUAGUUCCUAACCCGGGGAAAGGCCCUUUGGUCACCAUGAAAGCUGUCCUGACAGAGCUUCUGCAGGGAUGGUGUCUGUGGUCACCCUAAAUUGAUCUUCAGGUUCCUGCACUGAAAGCCAACGUGGAUCACACCUUGUUCUUGGAAGAAGGUUUAUUGUUAACUAAAAGCCUUCAAAACUUUCACUUUGUCCUCCUGCAGGUCAUGUCUCCUCUUAGUGAUCAUCUCCAACCUCUACCAGCCCUUUCUGUACCACUUUAACCGCUGUUUGCAUCUGUCCUCUCAGAAUGGACUCAACUCACAUGCAAACAGCGGUCUUCAGGUGGUUUUAGUACCUACUCUGGAGGAGGUACUCUGUUCCUCCCUGAAGACGGCCCUGAAAGAGGUUCUAGAGGGACGGUUCUUGUGGUUGGCACAAAUGUUUGGUUCACGUUAAAACAACCUCGAAGUUCUUGCAGUGGAAAACAGUCUGUUGCGACCCUGAGACCUCUGGUGGAAACACAGGGAGCAGAACGGAGCACCUCAGAAGGUUCUCCAUUUCAGAAGGAAGUUCCUACGAUGGAAACAUGAUCCUGUCUAUUAAACACAUAACCUCAGAGUUCCUGAACAUCCUCAGAACCUGUAGACAGAAUAUGGACAGUAAACCGGAGAAGCUGAUGGGAGAACCCACAAACUGUCCACAGAAUGAGACCUGACUUAAACGCUGAACAGAACCCGUCCUGCCCGUCACUUUUAAUGCUUCCAUUAAUGCAGGAGGACGAGUCCUGUUUAUUCAGAGAACAUGGACUUACUAGCUCUCAGCAUUACUGCCAGUCUGUUCCGGUGGUCACUCGUUGUAGCGCCGACGCAUAGCAUGACAUCGACCCAGUAAUGCUGAUUGUCUCGGAACAAAGGUGCAUGUCAAAGCCGGUUCUUGUGGGCAGUGCAAAUAUAAAAAACUUAAACAGAAAGAAAACAAACAGUUCCAGGGUUCUGCAGAAUCUGGACAUUCAUGUCUGUUGACGGGAUUAAGUUAACGUGGACCCAGCUGGGCUCAGGUCCAGCAUCAGGUCUCAGUUAAACAACAACUUUCAUCAAUGAAAACAUGUCGGCUGAAGCCGGAUGUCCAUCAGCUGCAGGACGGAUCCACAAAGAGAUUAAAGAAGAAGAGAUUCUCUUGUUUUCAAAUAGUUCAGCAGAACAUAAAGUGACUGUUAAAGAGACCGAAGAAGCCCCUUUAAAUGCACUUAAACUAUUUUAAUGCCAAAUUCCCCUGAAGAAAAAUUCAGACCUCCAAGCUGCCGAUCAGCAGCCUGUGAGGAGGUGAACGAUGUUUCCCAGUAGCCUCUGCUCUGAGGUGUGGACUCUGCCCUCUACUGGUGAAGACCAGUACUGCAGGUUUUUCUAAACUCACAGAGGCCUGCAGAAACAUCUCUCAGCAUUUUAAAGUUUUAUUUGACCUAGAAAUGUUCAGAGAUUAUUGUUAGAAAUAUAUUUAUGUCCUUCAGAUGUUCGGUUCUCAGAUGUCCAAGUGCUUUUGAAGUCUGACCAACUUUUCUGAUCACAAACACACAAAGCAGAGAAACUGUCUCCUCACCUGCUUCAUGAAUGAAUCUAUGGUCUAAACAGUGGCUAACCCAAUCACUUCACUGCUGAUGUUUCAAUAGUGAGGUGGCAAAAAAAUAAAUAAAAUUAAAGUUGAAAAAUGGGUUUAUCAUACAUGACUGCAUAGUUACACAAUUCUAUGGAAUUAGGACCCCAAAGGUCUUCUUCUAAACAGUCGGUGUCAUGGAGAGAGGACGUGUGAAGCUCAGAUGAUUAACAGGUUAAUCACCUAGUUGACCUGAAAACAAAUCAGUCAAACCAGUGAUUCAUUAUUUUUUAAAUUAAAAUUCAGAAAUGUAUCUGCUUCCAGUUUCUCAUGUUUGAAUCUUCGUUUCUUUUUCUGAAUAUUUGGACUGUUGGUCCGACGUUGGAAGUCUUGUACUCUGAGAAGAUUUUCUGACCUUAAUUGACCAGAUGAUUUAAUAAUUAAUGAAGGAAAUAAUAACUAAUGUUGGAAACAAUCUUCUGUGAGAUACAAGGACACUGAUGAUGUGUUUUGAUGAAAGAAGACAGUUAAAGAGAGUUCGAGACAUGAAUAGGAACCAGAGACUGGACUGAACCUUUCGGUGGUUUCUGUGUCCUAGAUCUUGCAGAUGAUCCAGGAAUGAGAUGGAGCAGAUCUGAUGUGAAAGGACAAAGUGAACUUUAGUUGUUUUUCUCCUUUUGACUUGCAGUGGUUCAGUAAUUCUGUCAAUAUAAACUCCUUUUGGACAAAGUGUUUUGAUAGUGAAAAAUAUUCUGAAUAUUAUUAUUGCUGUUCGACAAACUGAACAGAUCGUUGUUGGAUAUUUCUGUGUUUGAUGUUUGCUUGAUGCAAGUUGAUGCAAAAAGAAAAAGUUUUUGUAAAUAUAAUUUAUUCUCCCGAGACCCGGCGGUCAUGUGACUGUGUCAAGGUCAAAGGUCAGCGCUUGCUGUUUCUCCACGCAGACAGAGCCACGCGGCGGCCAUGUUGGCUCCACGCUUAAACAGGGUGAAGGUUAAAGUUCUCUGUGUUGUCCUUAGCCAGACAAUGCAUCAGGACAUGGCUAGCCUAGCUUAGCACAAAGAUAAGAAGUCAGAUCAACUUUUGAUGAAGCUUGGCUCGCUGUUGGCUAAUUCUAAUUUUCAUUUAUUACUGGCAGUUAAUCUGUCAAAUGCACAACACAAGGUAACACUGCUAUCAUAAACUAGCCAGUAGCAAAUUGCACAAGAGGCUGCAAUUUGCCUUCUAACUAACCACCUUAACUACAAUGCUAAAUAUUACAGCCACUUUUAGCCAACUACAACCAGUUACAGAAAGUUCAAGAUGUUCUGAUCAUUUUCUUCUUUCAUUGAACGGUCAUUGACUUGUCUGGUGGAACGAUGCUAACAGUUUCCCCUGCUAAGCUAGGCUAAACACCUCCUGAAACAUGUGAGUUUGAGCUAAAAGUGUUAUGAAAGGCGCAUUUCUGGAAAUGUGUCUUUCUUUAACUUCUACCUCACUCCCUCAGUUUGUACGUGGCUCUGGCUGUCGGCGUGUUUUUAGCAUGUUUUAGGCGUGUAAAGCAGUGGGAAUGGAAGGAAAUGGCCAGUAGCUUCGCCUUAUAGAUCCCAUCAUCACCUGCUGCUUCAAUGUGGUGAAAACGUGUCUGCGGCUGAUUCUCUUAGUUUUUUCAGAUCUUUUCUGUUUUCAGAGAAGCUUGAAGGUUGGAGAGACCAGUUCUGACAGGUUCUGACUGGCCCUGACUGGUUCUAACCAGACCUGACCACUCAUAACUGGUUCUUACCGGUUCUGACUGGUUCUGACUGGCCCUGAGCAGUGUGUGGUACAGUUGAACAGUGGUGUGUUGUAUCAGUCACUCUUUGUUCAGUGAAUUGUUGGUUAAUAUAUCAGAUCUGCAUUCAGUAUUUAAGCUGCUGUUGUUUCUUUGGGCUGGAUGUCCCUUCAGAACCAGCUGCAGCUGGUGAUACUAGUUAGAGCUGGUUAGACCUGGAGAUGACCACGUUAUUAGAUGAUGGAGGAUUACUUUAGCAGAUGUAUUUCCUUGUUAUUCAGCUUGUAAUUGUGUUGAAGCAGUUUCUGUUAUUGUCCAUUGACAUGUCAGUGAAAAACUCAACGUGCUCUCCCCAGUUAGAACCAUCCACAACCGGUUACAGCUGGUUCCCAAACGGUUCCAACAGUAAAACCAGAAGUUGGACAGUUUUACUGUUAAAAGAAGGUUCUGAGCAGUUUAAAACUGAAUGUAAAGAAUGUGCAGCCUGCUGAUCUGGUUAGAUCGGACCAGUUACUGGUUACUGCUAGUUACAGCCACAUACAACCAGUCUAAACGAGUUACAGCUAGUUAAGUGAUGGCAUUUAACCAACAAAGGGAAGUUUGAAGGUUUUGAAGCAGCUGAAAGAAGCUGGUUUGGACCAGUUGGACUCGGUAGUGGUCAGCCAGGUACAGUCUGUCAGUUACUGCUGGUUAUUAACUGGUUGAACUGGUGCUGUGCAGUCUGAACUGGUUCUACUUUCUUACAGUUUUUUUGAACUCAUUUUGUGCCAAACCAGAUUCCUGUUAGCGUUCCGUUUUUAAUAGAUUUCCUGCUGAUUCAUUGGUCAGUGAUCUUCUCAUCACGGUGCUGUGGGCUGUUUAUGGCUGCUGUUACCAUGGAGACCAUCAGGAGACCAAACAAACCAAUCAGAAGUGGACUACGUGAUGGCGUCAGUCAGAUGAUUUCCUUAGCCACAGCCCACUUCUUCUGACUCGUUGCCAUAGUGACCUUCUGGGCAUCUGGAGCUGCCAUGUUACCAUGGUAACCACGGUUACUCCUAAGUCAUUUCCAGAGUCUCCAGAGACGGCUUUGCUACGGUAACCACAGCCGCUGGCUUCAUAGUGCAUAGGCCUCAUGUUACCGUAGCAACCAGUGGACCCGAGGUGCUGUGACAACGGCACCGUCCUCCGUCCCUCCUCCGGUCCAGCAGCCGCCAUGUGUCUUCUCCUUUGUGUUGUACUAUUAAUUAUUGAUCAGUCGAUUGAUUGCAGGUUAUCGGUUAGUGGCCGGCCACUGCCUUCCAUGCUGUCGGUGUCUGUUUCCCAUCAUGCACCUCUGUGAGAAAACAAGAUGACAAAUGUUAUAAACGAAAUAAACACGUAUGGAAGCAAC